GCAUUUGUGAGCACUUACUAGCAAUUUUCUCUUCCUUUUACAAUUCAUAUGGUGUCCAAGAGCUUAUCAUGAACUGUCAAAUUACUGAAUCCUUUUUUUUUUGCCAGUGACAGCAGCCAGCUAUAAAUAGCAAGGCAAAGUACGCUAAAUACACUGGGAAAUGAUUGACAAGGCUCCAGGGACUUCUGGGAGUUCUGAUGUGUGUGGAAGCUGCACCUGUUGUUGGUUACCUCAGUGUUGCUUGACGUUCUGGAAUCUGCAGUUAUCCGUUUGUUUAUGUUUGGUGUUUUUUCAUGCCCUCAUCCUGAAUGGUUCCUUCUAAGCAUUGCCUUCAAGUCUAGGACUACUCCAACAAUGCAGUGCUAGUAUUCUGUGCUAGUAAAACCCUAAACCAGGGUUCUCCAAUUCCGGUCAUGUAAAGGCCAGACACUUUGCAUAUUUCCCUGCUGAAACACACCUUAUUCGGCUCACCAGUCAAUUAUCAGAUUUAAUAGGUGUGUUUGAGCAGGGAAAUCUGCAGAGUGUGUCUCAGACCCACCCUCCAGGACCAUAAUUGGGAAACCCUGCCCUAAACUAUACCUUUGUGUGUAACGGGGCCACAGGAAAUUAUAAACACACCACAGGCUUUGUUUUAUGUUUACAUGUUUAUUACCCUAAAUUAGGGAAGGUCACAAAAUUCCAGGCUGAAUUGCAGGUUAAACAGAUUUUUUUGUAAGGGGAAACUCAGUGGUCUCACUCUGACCCGAAACGUAAAAGGAAAUCUAAGUGAGUGGUAAAUGCAGACAGGUGUUUAUACUGUGACAGAUCUGUGAUGCCCUAUCGGUGCCUUUUCAAAUCAAAUGCUCUUCAUUCGACGAGUUAACAAGCCAGACUCAUCAAACCCAGUGGAUCAUCCUCUUAGUAAUGACCCUGGAGGCAUCACUUAAAACUGUUUGGUCAUUCCGAAGAGGUUGCAAGGUUCUCCAAGAUAGUACCACCUGACCUUUUUUUUGCCUGCUGGUGCCUCAUCCAUGGAAGACCUUCUCAGUCCAGUUGGGUGUUUUGCAAGCAGUUUGUCACCUUCUGUGACUGUUGAAGUCCAACACAGGCAAUUAUGUUGUGCUCAUGCUUUCCCUCAAGAGGCUCGCAAUCCCAUCAUUUUGGAACAUAUUUGACAGCUAAAUACAAAGUUGGGCUCUAGUAGUGCUGCCAGGAAGUAGUCAUUGUAUUUUUCUUUUAAGAGAAGAAAGAGAACAUGAUAUGGAAGACAACCAAGGAGAAGCGCGAUGGAUCUGAUUGGCUGAUUGGUAAAAGGACAUUUAAAUAAGAAAUGUCACAUGACGCAAAAGCGUGGUCCACAAAUAGAAUGUCCUUAAUUCCUGUUUUAUUGCAAAUAUAUGAUGAUGAGGGAUAAAACAUAUAUUUUGCUGAAAAUAUAUAUAUAUAUAUAUAAAUGAAAUACCACAAGAAACUUGAUAAAGUGUCUGAAGGAACAACCGCGUCCCAACAUGUAUAUUCCAGGUCUGAGCUUUGAAUUGAUGUCCAUUGUCCCAUUCCCAUGAAAAGAACUGACAAAACAUCUGGCAUUACUCUCAGUCAAACCGAGACAAACUGAGGCAGAAAAUCACACAUAGAGUGUUUUUCGGGUACGAUUUCCUGGGUGCCUUUAAGAACUGCAAGCAAGUCGCUACUCUGCCACAGACCAAGCUUGGAAACCGACGAUGUGAGAAAAUCUGAAAAUGCAAAUACUUCCACAAAACCGUUAUUUGCACACAAAUAGGAAGAGAGUUUUUAUAGGUAUCGAUUUCUAUUUUAUAUUUCGGAGGGACUGAAACAAACUACACCGUGCUUAGCAACCUCUGUUGUUUGUAACGUUUGUUUGCGGUUGGCAGGACGACUAAGGCUGUCAGAUCAGCCUCACGCCUCGUAGCUUCUCCAUAAUGAGUCUUUACAGCUAUGUGCUGCUUGUGUUAUGUACAGUGGGCUUGUCAGCAACUGCCUACUUCAUUAAAACGAAGUGACAGAAAUUCCACACGGUACAAUUGUGACAUAUUUUGGCUGCUGAAGGCUCUAUAUACUGUAUUUGUCAGGCUGUGAUGUAUUUGCUAAGUGCUAUUACAUGUGCAUAUAUGGUCUUAUCUGACUCUUGCACCUGAAAAGAUUGUCAAGUCCACAAAAUACAGCAUGCCUGCAACUUGUCUAAUUAUAAUUAAUUCGCGCAAUUAAGGAAAUGCUCAUUUAUAUUCUCUGAAAUCUUCCUUGCAAAGGCAGUACUCAAACUGGUUUCAUUAAAACCAUUUCAGACCCAAUUUUCUCUUUGUGUCACUGUUCCAAACAAUCAAACACAACUUGUAUAGAUUAAAUAAACACUUCUGAAACAUUGUGUUUCAAAAAUGCCUUUUGCCAGAUAAAGGGUCACAUUAAAAUUGAAACUACUGCUUCAUUCCUCUGCUCUUGACCUCUGGAGCUGCUGCCCUUCCCGGAUCUGUGCACAAAGGACGAAAACUGCAGCCUGGUGAAUUUCCCGGGCUAUUUUUGCAAUGCAAAUUCACUCUAUAAUCCUCUUGAAAAAUGAUACUACCAGAUGGCCUUGGCUAUCAUCAAUAAUUUUUUAGAAACGUGUCAUCGAUCUGCAUUUGUCUGUUGAAAAAUAAAAAUAUAGCAGAACUAUAUUCAGUAAAUAUAGCAUUCCGUCUGAAAGCAAAUGUUUUCAUUUGUGGCCUUUAGAAGGAUUAAUGUCAUUUUCCUUCUGUAUCGCUGUCUGAAUUUAUUUGUUUUUAAUAUAUUAUUAACUUAUUCAUAGUCAUUGUAUAGAAGAAGCAACAUUCUAGAGUCCAAAGUAGCCUUACAAAUACCAUGUGAUUAAGGAAGGUUUGUAUAAAAUGCUAACUUAGGAUCAUUAGGUUAAGAUUCAGAGGAUGUGCUUGCCAAGGACAAAACACUCUCUCUGUGAUCCCAGGCCAAGGCAGGACUCUCAGCUACUGUCAAUGAGGGGAUUAGCAUGAAAAGAUUCUAGUUUGCACCACAUGGGUAUGACCAUGGACUGCUCUGUGUGUUCACUUUUCAUUUUCUAUUUUGUUCAAGGUCUUUUUGCUAGUUUUUACAAUAAAAUCCCACUUUCUCCAACAUCGCUACCGUCCCUUACAGAGACAUAUCAGCACAUUAUUCCAUGUCUAAUAAUCCAAACAUUGCACCAUUGACACAGAGAUUAAAAAAAAUGAACAAAAGGAGAAAAAAGUCUAGAUAGAGUUGGCACACACCAAAUGGGAUAGCUUCAAGCAUAAAAGGACAUUGUAUCAUUUAGUAAUCAGUGUUCCUUUGUCAUCAUCGAAAGGGAUGUUCCCCAAGUUUAAUAUUAAUAUAUUAUAUUUCUUCCACUUUUCAUUUUCUUAUGUGUCGAUAUCAUCAUAUGAACAGGAUUAGUGAUUAAUAUCAUUAACAAUGUAACAAAAGAAAUAACCAAAUUAAAUCCCUCAAAUGCCCAUACAAAAUUCUUAAACUCUACUUGAGCCAAAAUCAGAAAAUGUUGCAUCUUUGCUUCAGUUGCUGUAAUGAUUUAUUAAUACUCUGCACACAAACAUGGGCCUGCAAUCGCUUCCUUAUGAGUCUCUCAAGUCUUGUCAGUCCCAUCACUAUGAUGGGUUUUCGAUAGUCCUGCAGAUAAACUUCUCCCUUAAAAGGUCCCAAAAUGUUCCAGGCACCGUGGCCUCUCUGCCCCCCCAGAGAUUACAGCUAAUAGGAGGGAUCGUAUUUAUAGAUGGACUUUUCCAUGUGUGUCCUCCUUAAUCUCUGUCCUGCUGCUUUCCAACGCUGCUGAAAUCCUCCACCCUCUGGCUCUGUGAGCAUCAGGUCAACAGACAAGGUAAGUUUGCAACUAACCAUCAGUUUUAAACCACAAGCAACAGAAAACUGCAUUCAAAGCUUCACUUUGAAGUGUUCCAGAGAGUUCCAGAAUUUUUUAACUAGAUCAGGUUGUUGGGUGACCAGUCUGGAAAAUGAUCAACCUUCAAUUGCACAUAUGCUGAAGCCACCCUCCUUGUUAACCAGACAGAUGAAAAUAUAUUUUACAGUGGUUGGUAAGACUAUAGUAAUGGCUCAUAUCAUACAUCUGGGGAGGAGACAGCUUCAGUGUUGCAUUUUUAGCUUCAGCCAAUCAGGUGGAGAGUUAAUAUGUCCAGUGAGCGAUUCGAUUGCCAUUACUGCAAGGACUCCUUGCUGGGGAAGAAGUACGUGCUGAAAGACGACAUUCAAUACUGCACGAAAUGCUACGAGAACUUGUUCUCCAACUGCUGUGAGGAAUGCUCUGUGCCAAUUGGGUGUGACUGUAAAGAUCUGUCGUACAAGGACCGCCACUGGCACGAACCGUGCUUUAAGUGUGCCAAAUGCGGCCGCUCACUGGUGGAGAAGCCCUUUGCAGUUAAGGAUGAACUCCUGCUCUGCACUGAGUGCUACUCUAACGAGUACUCAUCCAAGUGCUACACCUGCAAGAAGCCCAUCCAGCCAGGUUCUCGCAAAAUGGAGUACAAGGGCAACAGCUGGCAUGAGACCUGCUUCCUCUGCCACCGCUGCCAGCAGCCAAUCGGAACCAAGUCCUUCAUCCCGAAGGACAACAGCUACUACUGCGUGCCCUGCUACGAGAAACAGUUCGCUUACCAGUGCUGUACCUGCAAGAAGGCCAUAACGACAGGGGGGGUGACGUACCACGACAAACCCUGGCACCGAGAGUGUUUCCUGUGCAUCGGGUGUAAGAAGCAACUAGCAGGCCAGCGCUUCACCUCCCGGGACAACUACCCAUACUGUCUGGAGUGCUUCAGCAACCUCUACGCCAAAAAGUGCGUGGGCUGCACAAAGCCCAUCACCAGUCUGGCCGGAGCAAAGUACAUCUCCUUCGAGGAGCGGCAGUGGCACAGCGAGUGCUUCACGUGCGUGCAGUGCGCCGUCUCGCUGGUCGGCCGCGGCUUCCUCACCCACCGCGACGACGUCCUCUGCACCGACUGCGGGAGGGAGAAGUGAAGUCGCGCCAGUGGGAACACGCUCCCGGAGCCGUCAGAUUGACCUCAGAACCUCCCCCCGUUCCCAAAAGCACAGAGCCAGGCUUCUCUGCACAUCUGCUCGUCUAGAAACACGUGAAAGUGAAGCUUUCAUCAGAAUCCUUUUA